CUGUUUUGGAGGUGCGCCAGCAGGCAGGGGCCGUCCCCUCCGUCUCCGGCCCUCGCCAUUACCGCACUCCCACAUGGGAGCGAACGCCGAAACGGGCCGAGGGGACGGGAGGGAACGUACGAUGUGAAAAUUCCCCCACAGGCGCGAGAGAAAGGGAGCCACGCCGCGCUCCGGCCUGGAUCGACCAGCCGCCGGAUCCCUGUGGAAAUCCCCACCCGUAGCGCCGGAUCAUCGUGCCCAGCUUGAGCAGGAAGCCGGGGAGGCGUGACGGCCGGCCGGCAUUCCCAUUUCCUGGGAUGGCCCCGGCCUCCUCCCCCUCCUCGUUCGCCGGCGCCGCGUGCUUCGUCCUGCUCCUCGUCCUCGCCGGCGCCUCCGUUUCGCACGGCUCGUUUCUGGGCAGGCGCGUUUUGUCAGAUGAACAAGCCACGGGGAUAGUGGCUCUAUGGAGGAGAUCGCUUGCCGACGCUGCUCCUCCACCGAACAACUCCCUCGUCUUGGCCUCGCAAAGAACUCGCCGGAGCGACCCCUUCGCCAACCUCACCGCGUACACCGGCGGCUGGAACAUCAGCGACCAGCACUACUGGGGUUCCGUGGCGUACACCGCGGUUCCCCUCUUCGUCAUGGCCGUGGUGUGGUUCGUCGGCUUCGGCGCCGUGCUGCUCAUCAUCUCCUGCUGCUGCUGCUUCUGCGGGGGCAAGGACGGCGCCUACUCGCCGUGCUGCUACUUCACCUCCCUGGCGUUUCUCAUCAUCCUCACCAUAGCGACAAUCACCGGGUGUGUGAUCUUGCACUGCGGUAGCGAUCUCUUCCACCACAGCUCGAUCAAGACCGUCGACUACGUCGUCGGGCAGGGCGACCUGACGGCGGACAACCUGAGGAACUUCGCCGGCAGCUUGGCGGCGGCGAAGAACAUCACCAUCGACCAAAUCUUCCUCCCAGCUGACGUCCAGCGGAAGAUCGACAUCGUCGAGGAGAAGCUCAACUCCUCGGCGAACGAGUUCUCCACUCGCUUGCUGGAGAACUCCAUCAAGAUCAAGAAAGUGGUGAACCACAUGGAGCACGAAUUGAUGGCUGCUGCCGCUGUAAUGGGUGGCCUUGCGGUAUUCGGAUUCCUGUUCUCCAUACUGGGGUUGCGGUUCCUUGUCUCCAUAUUGGUGGUCUUGGCAUGGUUCAAUCUCACCGUCAUCCUCAUGACCUCCGGCGUUUUCCUUCUCUUGCACAACGUGGUGGGCGACACGUGCGUGGCGAUGGACGACUGGGUGACCCACCCGCAGGCGCACACGGCGCUGGACGACAUCCUCCCGUGCAUGGACGUGGCGACGGCGAACCUGUCGCUGUACCGGAGCCAGGAGGUGACGGCGCAGCUGGUGGCGCUGGUGAACAACGUCGUGGUCAACAUCUCCAACCGGGAGUUCCCGCCGGGGCUCCUGCCGCUCUACUUCAACCAGUCGGGGCCCCUGAUGCCGGUGCUGUGCAACCCCUUCAACCCGGACAUGAGCCCGCGCGCGUGCGCCCCCGGCGAGGUCGACUUCAAGAGCGCGGCGCGGGAGUGGAAGCGGUUCGAGUGCCGGACGGCGGGGCAGCCGGGGGCGGAGGUGUGCGCGACGCCGGGGCGCCUGACGCCGGCGGCGUACGGGCAGAUGACGGCGGCGACGAGCGUCAGCCAGGGGCUGUACGAGUACGGCCCGUUCCUGGUGCAGCUGCAGGACUGCUCCUUCGUGCGGGAGACGUUCCUGUCCAUCAGCGACAACAACUGCCCGGGCCUCGAGCGCUACAGCCGCCACGUCUACGUCGGCCUCAUCAUCAUCGCCGGCGCCGUCAUGCUCUCCGUCGUCUUCUGGAUGGUGCACACGCGGCAGCGCCGGCGGCGCGCCAUGCAGGUCCAAGCAGCUGCGACUGCGACGUCGUGACGGCGGCUGCCAUGCCAUGAUCGAGCGCUUCUUCGUACGUGAAGAAAGUCCCUCUGCUUUGACUCUGAUUGAGCUGUAUGCAAUUGGCAUUUGUGCGUAUGAAUGAAAGUGAAAGCGAAAGCGAAAGA